AGCCGGAGCCAGAGCCAGAGCCAGAGCCAGAGCCAGAGCCGGAGCCAGAGCCAGAGCCAGAGCCAGAGCCAGAGCCGCAGCUGCAGCCGCAGCCGGAGAUGGAGCCACAAGCAGAGCCACAGUCGCAGCCAGAGCCGGAGCCAGAGCUGCAGCCAGAGCUGGAGCCAGAGCUGCAGCCAGAGCUGGAGCCAGAGCUGCAGCCAGAGCUGGAGCCAGAGCUGCAGCCAGAGCUGGAGCCAGAGCUGCAGCCAGAGCUGGAGCCAGAGCUGCAGCCAGAGCUGGAGCCGCAAGCAGAGCUGGAGCCAGAGCUGGAGCCGCAAGCAGAGCUGGAGCCAGAGCUGGAGCCGCAGCCGCAGCUGCAGCCGCAGGCACAAGCAGAGCUGCAGCCAGAGCUGGAGCUGCAGCCGCAGGCACAAGCAGAGCUGCAGCCGCAAGCAGAGCUGGAGCCAGAGCUGGAGCUGCAGCCGGAGCUGCAGCCGCAAGCAGAGCUGCAGCCGCAGCCGCAGCCGCAGCCGCAGGCACAAGCAGAGCUGCAGCCAGAGCUGCAGCCGCAGCCGCAGCCGCAGCCGCAGGCACAAGCAGAGCUGCAGCCUCAAGCAGAGCCGGAGCCGCAGCCGCAGCCGCAGCCGCAGCCGCAGGCACAAGCAGAGCUGCAGCCUCUAG